CCGGGUUUCCGUUCUUGCAGGAGCGGCUGACGGAGAUGCCCGAGGCCGCCAUAUUGAAUAAGCAAGUCGGCCUUUGAAGGGGUCGUUGCGGUGUAGACGGUUCUGCAGAGCAGCCAUCCUCGGCGGCUCCAGGGAAAAGCAGUAUGUUAAGGAUACCUGUAACAAGGGCCUUAAUUGGCCUUUCUAAGUCUCCUAAAGGAUGUGUUCGAACAACUGCCACAGCAGCAAGCAACUUGAUUGAAGUAUUUGUUGAUGGUCAGUCUGUCAUGGUGGAACCAGGAACUACUGUCCUCCAAGCUUGUGAGAAGGUUGGCAUGCAGAUCCCUCGAUUCUGUUACCAUGAAAGGUUGUCAGUUGCUGGAAACUGUAGGAUGUGCCUUGUUGAAAUUGAGAAAGCUCCUAAGGUUGUAGCUGCUUGUGCCAUGCCAGUAAUGAAAGGUUGGAAUAUCCUGACAAACUCAGAGAAAUCUAAGAAAGCCAGAGAAGGUGUGAUGGAGUUCUUGCUGGCAAAUCACCCGCUGGACUGUCCUAUUUGUGACCAGGGAGGUGAAUGUGAUCUGCAGGACCAGUCCAUGAUGUUUGGAAGUGAUAGGAGCCGGUUUUUAGAGGGGAAACGUGCUGUGGAGGACAAGAACAUUGGGCCUUUGGUAAAAACCAUUAUGACUAGAUGUAUACAGUGUACUCGCUGCAUCCGGUUUGCAAGUGAGAUUGCAGGAGUAGAUGAUUUGGGAACAACAGGCAGAGGAAAUGAUAUGCAAGUUGGCACAUACAUUGAAAAAAUGUUCAUGUCUGAACUUUCUGGGAAUAUUAUUGAUAUCUGCCCUGUAGGUGCCCUGACCUCUAAGCCUUAUGCCUUUACUGCUCGGCCUUGGGAAACAAGAAAGACAGAAUCCAUUGAUGUAAUGGAUGCAGUGGGAAGUAAUAUUGUGGUCAGCACAAGAACUGGAGAGGUGAUGAGGAUUUUGCCAAGGAUGCAUGAGGAUAUCAAUGAAGAGUGGAUCUCAGAUAAAACCAGAUUUGCCUACGAUGGGUUAAAACGUCAAAGACUUACCCAGCCGAUGAUCAGAAAUGAAAAGGGGCUCUUGACAUAUACCACCUGGGAGGACGCACUCUCUCGUGUAGCUGGAAUGUUGCAGAGUUUUCAAGGCAACGAUGUGGCAGCAAUUGCUGGUGGCUUGGUGGAUGCUGAAGCCCUGGUAGCUCUCAAAGAUUUACUUAAUAGAGUGGACUCGGACUCCCUAUGCACUGAAGAAGUCUUCCCUACAGCAGGAGCUGGCACAGAUCUACGUUCCAAUUAUCUUCUUAAUACUACAAUUGCUGGUGUGGAAGAGGCAGAUGUUAUCCUCCUGGUUGGUACAAAUCCACGUUUUGAGGCACCAUUAUUUAAUGCUAGAAUUCGAAAGAGCUGGCUUCAUAAUGACUUAAAAGUGGCUCUUGUAGGCAGCCCAGUGGAUCUCACGUACAGAUAUGACCAUCUGGGAGAUUCUCCCAAAAUUCUUCAAGACAUUGCUUCGGGUAACCAUCCCUUCAGCCAGAUUCUGAAAGAAGCUAAAAAACCAAUGGUGGUCUUAGGCAGUUCUGCACUCCAGAGAAGUGAUGGGACAGCAAUUCUUGCAGCGGUUUCCAACAUUGCUCAAAACAUUCGGCUGAGUAGUGGUGUUACUGGUGAUUGGAAAGUUAUGAAUAUCCUUCACAGAAUUGCAAGCCAAGUAGCUGCUUUGGACCUUGGUUAUAAACCUGGGGUAGAAGCAAUUCGGAAGAACCCUCCCAAAGUGCUGUUCCUCCUGGGAGCAGAUGGAGGUUGUAUCACUCGACAAGAUUUGCCUAAGGAUUGUUUCAUUAUUUAUCAAGGACAUCAUGGCGAUGUUGGAGCUCCUAUGGCUGACGUUAUUCUCCCUGGCGCUGCUUACACAGAGAAGUCUGCUACUUACGUCAAUACUGAGGGCCGAGCUCAGCAGACUAAAGUAGCAGUGACACCUCCUGGCUUGGCAAGAGAGGACUGGAAAAUUAUAAGAGCCCUUUCUGAGAUUGCAGGUAUGACUCUCCCUUAUGAAACUCUGGAUCAAGUGAGGAGCAGAUUGGAAGAAGUCUCUCCUAAUCUUGUUCGAUAUGAUGAUGUUGAAGGAGCUAAUUAUUUCCAGCAAGCAAAUGAGCUUUCCAAGCUAGUAAACCAACAACUUCUUGCUGAUCCACUUGUUCCACCUCAGCUAACAAUAAAAGACUUCUAUAUGACAGAUUCAAUCAGCAGAGCCUCACAGACAAUGGCUAAAUGUGUCAAAGCUGUCACAGAGGGUAUCCAGGCAGUAGAGGAGCCAUCCAUAUGCUGAAACAUCUACCAGGACCCAGUUUUGCUCCAGUUAGUUAAUGGACAGUUAUGUUGGAAUGAUCUCUUAGAGGUGUAUCUCUUUAAAAAAAUUAUUUGGAUGAUGUAAUAUUUAAGGUUCUGCCCUGGUUUAUUUGAAAAAGAUAUUGCAAUUAUCAAAGAAUUUUGAGGUUUCGAAACAUUUAUGUAUUAUGUGUAAACAUUGAGUAAAUAGCUUAAUAAGCAUUAUAUAAACGUGCUUUCAUGUAAAAGCAUUGAUAAUCUUUGUGACAUUAAAAAAAUCCUUAAAAAUAUGAA